AUGGCCUCGGCGCUGAGCUAUGUCUCCAAGUUCAAGUCCUUCGUGGUCUUGUUCAUCACCCCGCUGCUGCUACUGCCGCUCGUCAUUCUGAUGCCCGCCAAGUUCGUCAGGUGUGCCUACGUCAUCAUCCUCAUGGCCGUCUACUGGUGCACCGAAGUCAUCCCUCUCGCUGUCACCUCCCUCAUGCCCGCCUUGCUCUUCCCGCUCUUAAAGAUUCUGGACUCCAAGCAGGUGUGUGUCCAGUACAUGAAGGACACAAACAUGCUGUUUCUGGGUGGCCUCAUCAUGGCGGUGGCCGUGGAGCGCUGGAAUCUACACAAGAGGAUAGCUCUGCGCACGCUCCUCUGGGUGGGGGCCAAGCCUGCACAGCUGAUGCUGGGCUUUAUGGGCGUCACUGCCUUCCUGUCCAUGUGGAUCAGCAACACGGCCACCACGGCCAUGAUGGUGCCCAUCGUGGAGGCCAUGCUGCAGCAGAUGGAGGCCACCAACGCGGCCACCGAGGCCAGCCUGGGGGGCCUGGAGCUGGCAGACAAGGGCAAGCCCGGUGAGCUGCCAGGGAGCCAAGCGACCUUUGAAGGCCCCCCCGAGGGGCGGCAGGCUGACCGGGACAGGAGGAGCAUGAGCAAGGCCAUGACUCUGUGCGUGUGUUACGCGGCCAGCAUCGGGGGCACCGCCACACUGACGGGGACGGGACCCAAUGUGGUGCUUCUGGGCCAGAUGCAUGAGCUGUUUCCUGCCAGCAAAGACCUGGUGAACUUUGCCUCUUGGUUUGGGUUCGCCUUCCCCAACAUGCUGGUGAUGCUGCUGCUGGCUUGGCUGUGGCUCCAGGCUGUGUACCUGAGGUUCAGUUUUAGGAAGUCCUGGGGCUGCGGGCUGGAGAGCAGGAAUCACGAGAAGGCUGCCUACCAGGUGCUGCAGGAGGAGUACAGGAAGCUGGGGCCCUUCUCGUUCGCCGAGGCCAACGUCCUGCUCUGUUUCCUCCUGCUGGUCGGCCUGUGGUUCUCCCGGGACCCCGGCUUCAUGCCCGGCUGGGUGUCGCUGGCCUGGGAGGAGGGCGAGACAAAGUACGUGUCUGAUGCCACCGUGGCCACCUUCGUGGCCACCUUGCUGUUUGUCAUGCCCUCGCAGAGGCCCCAGUUCAACUUCCGCGGCCAGACGGAGGAGGAAAGGAAAACUCCAUUUUAUCCCCCUGCGCUGCUGACCUGGAAGGUGACCCAGGAGAAAGUGCCGUGGGGCAUCGUGUUGUUGCUGGGGGGCGGCUUCGCGCUGGCCAAAGGAUGUGAGGCCUCGGGGCUGUCCGAAUGGAUGGGGAAGCAGAUGCGGCCCUUGCACUCUGUGCACCCUGCCGCCAUUACCUUGAUCCUGUCCCUGCUUGUUGCCGUGUUCACGGAAUGCACAAGCAAUGUGGCCACCACCACCCUGUUCCUGCCCAUCUUUGCCUCCAUGUCCCGUUCCAUCGGCCUCAAUCCGCUGUGCGUCAUGCUCCCCUGCACCCUGAGCGCGUCCUUUGCCUUCAUGUUACCGGCGGCCACCCCACCUAACGCCAUCGUGUUUGCCUACGGACACCUCAAGGUUUCUGACAUGGUGAAAACAGGACUCAUGAUGAACAUAAUUGGAGUCUUCUGUGUGUUUGUGGCGGUCAACACCUGGGGACGGGUCAUAUUUGACUUGGAUCAUUUCCCUGACUGGGCUAAUGUGACGAAUAUCGAGACUUAGGGACAGCUGCACAUCACCCGCCCUCCUGAGGACCCCUGAGCCUUCCAGCACACCUUGCAGCAGAGUUUUGGGGUUCACUCCCCAAAGUGAUCCCCCAAGUGAUGCCCACACCCCCAAGGAGACCCAGCCAGGCCCAGGUUCAGAGCUGGGGACGGGCAGCUGCUGGGCGGAAGUGGAGGGAGCCUCCGGAGACACCGGGGCGUCUGUUUUUCCUGGGGGACCUGCCAUCCCUUCUGGGACAGGUGGGCUGCAGAGGGACCAGGACGCAGGCCGCCAGCUGGCCGCAAGCUGGGCUCUGGUGUCCACUCGCUUAGUCCCAGGGUCAUCGAGGUGGGGAUCAGAUCCCAGCUUGGGACGCAGGAGAGCGUGGGCCUCCUGCAGCUCGCCUCGGCUGCCUCCGGGCUCUCCUGUUACCUGAAGGGACAACCUCACCCACGAUGUCUGAUCCCGGGCAGCUUCCCACCACCGAGAUCAGAGCCUCCUGGAACCACGGGGAGAAUGGUGCUGCCACUGAAGGAUGAGGAAUUUGGGCAAGAACUUCUGGCCGCCUUGGCCCACAGCUGCUGGCUAACCUGCUCCACUCCUUACCUUGCUCCGUCUUAGCGGACAAUCUGGACCCCUUCGCUGUCCUCCCACGCACCCCCUUUGUCGUGGGCCGACGUAUGCUUGGACCCCCUGGCCGGGGCCCUCCAGCGCACCAGCUUCUCCCGGGCGGCUCGGCUUCUCCGGUCACACCACACAGCUGGGGUCACACUCCAAGUACGGGCAGCGAUGGCUCCUU